AGAAGAUCCUGGAACUCAUGUCCAACAUCAUCCAGCUGCUGACUGGAGAGGUUGCCAUAAGGACUCAUCAUGUUUCCAUCUAUUUUUCCUUGGACGAGUGGGACUAUAUAAAAGGAAACAAGGACCUUUAUGAAGAAGGGAUGAAGGAGGAGCAACAGAAGCUCCACCCACUAGAUUGUGACUAUGAAGAUAAGACUGAUGUGAAUGAGCCACCAACACUAUGUUAUAAUAAUGAGCCCAGCAAGAUUGUAGCCAAAGAAUCUGUAUUGGUCCAACGGGGAAGUCUUGGAAUUAAUGGAACUUGUCCAUCCAAACAGACAUUGGCCACACCAACAAUUGUUAUAGAAGAGGAGGCAGACUCAUUUGAAGGGGGAAACAAAUCAUAUUACAGCAUUAAUCCACUUACAGAACAGAUACAAGGAACAUAUACACCUACUCCUAUCAUGGGAUGCAGCCUGAAUAACAACUUGGCAGAUAAUUAUAUAUUAAAUGGUAUAAAUGAGCAGUCAGUUUCUUUGGAAGUGAGUAACCAAUCAGAUUGCAGCAUUAAUCCACUUACAGAACAGAUACAAGGAACAGAUACACCUACUCCUAUCAUGGGAUGCAGUCUGAAUAACAGCUUGGCAGAUAAUUAUAUUUUAAAUGGUAUUAAUGAGCAGUCAGCUUCAUGGGAAGAGGGAAACCAAUCAGAUUGCAGAAUUAAUCCACUUACAGAACAGAUACAGGGAACAGAUACACCUACUCCUGUCAUGGGAUGCAGCCUGAAUAACAGUGGGGCAGAUAAUUAUACAUCAGAUGGAGAGAAGACGGCUUCAUGGGAAGAGGGAAACCAAUCAGGAUACAGAUUUAAUCCAUUCACAGAACAGAUACAGGGAACAGAUACACCCACUCCGUUAUUGAGAUGGAACCUUAAUAACAGCUUCCCAGGAAUUUGUGUAUCCGGCGGUUUUAAAGAGGAAUGGUCUUCAGAUGAAGGGGGAAACCCUUCUGACUUGAGCUUUAAUCCACUUGCAUUACAGGAAAAAGAUGGAACUUUUGAUAUGACCGAGUACAGCCUUAAUAACAGCUUGUUUGGAACGGGGCUCGGGAGAUUUGGUAGGUUUGGUAAGAAAUCCAUGCACCCCCCUUUCUUUCCAAUCCAACCCUCACAAGCCUAUUUCUACUGCUCUGUGUGCCAUAAGGUUUUUAGUAGGAAGGAAAGCCUUGUAGUACACCAGAGAACGCACACUGGAGAGAAGCCGUAUCCGUGCUCAGCCUGCGGGAAAUGUUUCAUGAGUCACUCCAGCCUUGGUGAACAUGACAGGAGUCACAGCGGCAAGAAGCCGUACUCUUGCUCCGACUGCGGCAAGUCUUUCACAUAUCGCUCGAAACUCGUCAGGCAUCAGAGAAUUCACACCAAAGAGAAACCGUUUUCCUGUAAUGAAUGCGGCAAAUCGUUUUCUCAGCGUUCGGGCUUUGUGAAACAUUACCAGAUUCACAUGGGCAUAAAGCCGUAUUCAUGCCGCGAGUGCGGGAAAUCCUUUACACAAAGCUCGUCCUUCACUAAACAUUGCCAGAGUCACAUGGGCAUAAAGCCCAGUAUACCAGAUACGUCUUGCAUCAGAGAAUUCACACGGGGGAGAAACCAUUCACCUGUUCUGAGUGCGGGAAGUGUUUUAUAAACCACGCCUACCUUCUCCGCCAUCAUAAAAUCCACACGGGAGUGAGACCGUUUUCUUGUUCUGAAUGCGGCAAGUGUUUCAUAGACAACUCCCAGCUUAACAGACAUCUCGUUAUUCACUCGGAAGAGAGACCGUUCUCCUGCCUCAAGUGUGGGAGAUUAUUCAAACGUCGCACACAUCUGGAUGUGCAUCUCACGGUUCACAAGGCAGAAAAACCCUUCACUUGCGCCCAGUGCGGGAAGUUCUUUACCAGGCGCGCAAGCCUUAUUGCACAUCAAAGAACUCAUGAAGGGGAGAAAAUGUUUCCUUUUACUAAAUGAGUACACUUACACCUUCUGAGAUGUAUUCCUAACCCUCCCAUUAUGUUACCUUGCAAGUCUACUUUAUUUAAAGGCAGAGUAAAACCUAAAAUAUACAAGAUA